UACCGUAUUUUUCGCUCCAUAAGACGCACCUGACCAUAAGACGCACCUAGGUUUUAGAGGCGAAAAACAAGAAAAAAAAAUAUUCUGAACCAAUGGACUGCAGACAUAGUACAGGAGAUGACCAGAGACUGCGGACACAGUACAGGAGAUGACCAGAGACUGCGGACAUAGUACAAGAGAUGACCAGAGACUGCGGACACAGUACAGGAGAUGACCAGAGACUGCGGACACAGUACAGGAGACGACCAGAGACUGCGGACACAGUACAGGAGACGACCAGAGACUGCGGACACAGUACAGGAGAUGACCAGAGACUGCGGACACAGUACAGGGAUGGUCAGAGACUGCGGACACAGUACAGGAGAUGACCAGAGACUGCGGACACAGUACAGGAGAUGACCAGAGACUGCGGACACAGUACAGGAGAUGACCAGAG